AGUACUGUAACAACAGCAACAACUUCUGACCGUCAACACUACAUUUCUGUAAGUGCAGGAGUGAAAACUGCAACUGGCUUAGGUUUUGAAAUCGACUGUGAAAUUCAAUAUAGCUAUGGAAGAAGACAUCCUCGAUGCUUUAGAAGAUCUAGGGUACAAUGGCUCAGUUCUAAAGGAUGGUGAAUUGUCACAUAUUUGUGGUGAAGGUGCAGAUGGAAUGGACUUCAUGGAGUUAUGUGUUUGGCUUUGCAAUGAAAUAAAGUUAUACUGUCCUCUUGGAGAAACUGUAAAUGCCCAAAAAGACACAUUCAAGAUAGACAUAUCUGGAUUCUUGAGAGAGAUAGGUUGCCCAUACGCAAAUUUGAUUGGUGUUGAUGGUUUAGAAAGUUAUGCAAACAGAAUUUUACUUUUAGAUUUCCUCACUUCAGAGGUAAUGGCUUGCAGGAUGAUUGGUCAUGAUGCAGAUGCAGAAACUGCACAGGCUUCAGGCAAUCCGAUCCUUUUGCCCAUAAAUGCAAUUGCAAAAGCUUUGCAAAUGCCUCCUCCAUCAAAAGAUGAAACAGUAUUCAAAUUAUUCACAAAUAUUGAAAACAAGGUCCGAGGGGUUUUAUCCCAGUUACCCCAGGCUCAUAUUGGAGAUGCAUUACUCCAAAAACGACUAAGUGAAAAACAGUGGUCUGAAGUCGAAAAGCUUAACGAAAUGCUGGCCAACGAAUAUCACAUCCGACGACAGGUUUUAUUGAAAAGAAUAGACCUGACAAUCCAGUCGUUUUUAUGGAGUGACCAGGCAAAGGCAAAGAAAAAUGAUAUCCAAGCCUCUUUCCGGUCAGUUAGAAAUUUGAUAGCUGCAGGGACAAAUGUUGCUGUUGCUGAUGUAUUGGCAGCUCGAAAAGAUUUGUGUAAGUUGGAAAAGACAAGUUCAGGUGAAGCGAGAGAAGUAACAAAAUGUGACAUUAACAAAAUCCUGAUUGGAAAGGUUCCCGAUCGAGGAGGACGACCAUCGUCAGAAGCACCGGCUCCAGAAAUGCCAGCAUUUAGAAAACGAACAGAGCCACAGCGAGGCCAAGGUUGGAGAAACGAUCGAGGAGGACACGGCGGCAGAGGAGGACACGGUGGUAGAGGUGGCUAUGGAGGAGGUGGCGGUGGCGGUGGUGGCGGUGGUGGCAGUGGUGGCGGUGGUGGCAGUGGUGGCGGUGGUGGUGGGCAGAGUGGUCGAGGAGGCGGAUGGGGCGGUAGAGGGGGGCCUCGGGGAGGAAGAGGACGUGGUAAUUACGGUGGAAAUCGUGAUAGCGAGAAAAUGUACUUUAGCUGAAAAUAAUUAGACAUCUAUAUUGAAAUGAUUUAGCUUUAAUGAUAAGAAUUUAAAUGGUGUUUCAUUUUUAAAAGCUUGCUUCUCAUGUCAAGUUUGUUGCCCUUCCAAGAAAUGGACUACCGUGUUGAUAUCUUUGUUAAGCAGCGCAUAUCAAAGGCAGCAUACGCACUGUGUUAAAUGAAUAUAGUCUAUAGGAAUAUUAAGGCUGAAAAUCUCUGGAAAUUUAGUAUAAUAUAUGA